GGGCGACUCCAACCUCCCACUCGACGGCACGAGGGCGGGCCAACGGCGCGCGUCUCAAUAUCCCAAGGCAGGAAAAUUCAUUAACACCGAAUAUUUUCUAUCGUACUACUACGACCCUGGGCUACAAGUGUGGCAAUUGUACUGCCACUGGCAAGUUUGGAAUCAAAUUCGAAAGUCGGAUUUUGCUCGAAAUCCAAGUUGUAUAGGCAAAAACUGACUAAAAAUUCAGUAUCUCAGCAACAAAGCACCAUGGGAAUGAACCGAGUUGGGGUAUUUCACUACUCUUUAGGGCCUUUCUAACAAAAAUAGUCCCAACCCGAAAUCAGUUUAUAAUCUCGGAUGGUUCUCUCGUGAGCAUCUGUUAGGUUUAAAGUAUCUUUUUCAACUAUGAUAGUGAUUAAAACUGUAUAUCUGUCCUCGGCAUAUUUGCCGAAUAACUUUUUUGACUUGCAGAGUCGAGAUUCGAUCUUUUUUCAGAAGUUCUCAUUCAAUUCUCUACAAAAUCGUAGAUAAUCUCUCUUGAUAAAAUGUAGAGAAAAAAUAUUAAAUGUAAAAUUGUACAAAGCUUUGAACGAGAUAACGUUCAAGCAUGCUUUUUCAAAACGAUUUCGCUUCCUUUUUAAAAUAAUUGUACAAGUGUUAAAUAGCGCUAAAGAAAGUUUUUGUUUACAUUCGACAGCGCUCGUUUUCCUCAUGUAAUACAGGUCGACAAAUUUGGUCGUUUGUGCUCACUAUGUACGAGAAAAAAAAAUCAACUUAUUCAAACUUAUGUAGUAGAAUAUCAAGACUCUAUUAUUUUCGUUCAAAAUAAAAAACAAAACUAAGACCAAAAAUAUUAUCUUUUGGUAAAGUUAUACAAAUUUUAUCGAAUGACUCGAAAAGAUCGAUCGAGAAUACUUUUUCUUUCAAAAAAAAAUGUGAAACAUAACGUGACAAACGUUAAUGUGAGAAAUUUAACAAUUGCUUGAAGAUAGAGAUAUUCAAAGACAACCAAAUGUUUAUUUAAUUUAUUUACAUUUAUCCGUCAUUAAAAUCUAAAAAAUACUAUUUUACUUUUGAAAGUUAUUCCUACAAAAAAAUAUUUUAUCGACACUGGUUGGUUGUGCACGGAUGCACACCGGUACCAGAAAAAAUGUAAAAAUCUCGCACCGGUGCCAAAGUUCAUCAUUUUGGUUUGUGAAUUUCUGUCUAUUUUAACAUCCCAGUCUACUUCUAAUAUUUCGAAUGUCUUUCUGACUUCAUAUUUUCCUUCGUAUUAGAGAAGUGCCGAGACAAUGCCACACGGUUUUAGCAUGUCAAUGUGGUACUGAUCAGCGCCGCACUCUAAUACAAAAUUCAGUAAUAUAAUAAAAAAACUAAUUAAACUGAUUAAAUAAAUUUCAGUGCAACACUGAUUUUUACCAGUGUCUCAUUGGAGUUUUUUUUUGUAGAGUAUCUCUCUCAAAGCUUUGUACAAUUUUACAUUUAAUGUUUUCUCUCUUACAUUUUACCAAGAGAUACUUUUGAUAAACUAGACAAAAAAUUAUUCAAGAAACACGUCGAGACUCAUUUAUUUUUGAGCAAUUGUUACAUUCGUGUUCAGAUUGAUUUAUAUUCUUCAAUACAUCUUUAGUCUCUUAAAUAAUCUUUCUACAUGAGGUAAUGACAAAUCAUCGAAAGGUUUUUCAUCGAACGACAUUUCAUUGCAUUGAUGUACUAUUGAAUUUUCCUAGAUAACUGAACGACAAUCACAAAGUAAAUAAAAGUACACUGAUUGUAAGUAGUUUGAGUUGAAGAAAGAUUUAGAAAAUGUAAGUUAAUUCGAAAUAAAAAUGUCGAAAGCUCGCUGUUUGUAUGUAAAAUGAUUUUAUUUAAAUUCUUUUCUAUAAUUUUGAAUAUACUAAAUUUCAUUAUAAGUAUGGCCCGUUUUUUAAUCAACUACUAAACGCAAAACGUUUACUGCGUUUCAAUGAUUAUGAAUAUGUAACUGAAAUAAACAAUGUAACAUAUCGAAGAAUUAAUUUACAUUUUCUAAACCUUCCUUCAACUCAAGCUACUUACAAUCAAUAUUAUUUAUUUAGUUUGUGAUUGUCGUUCAGUUAUCUAGAAAAAUUCAAUAGUACAUCAAUGCGACGCAAUAUUGUUUGAUGAAAAAACUUUCGAUGAUUUGUCGUUGAUUCUUCUCUAUUUUCACAACUAAUUGUAAUAAUUAUCCAACAUAUUUUCAAAAAUUUAACGAUAAAAACAUUUAAAUUUUAGUUUUGAUGAACAACGUUUACAACCUCAAUCUCAAUUUAAUUAUACUCAAAAUAAACGACAACAACGUCAUCCAUAUAUAUCGAAUUAUGGUAAGUAUCCAUCGUCAACAUCACAAAAUACAAAUAAAUUCAUGUAUUCGAAUGGAAAAAAAUUUCGAAAACAUCAAUCAUCACCCAUGUGUAGUGGAAAUAAUAAACGAAAUGAUUUUUAUCAUUCUACUCGUGCAAUUCCGUCAGAUAGAAACAACACUAAUAUUAAUGAUAAUGAACAAAAUACAAUAAAAAAUGAGGAAAAAAUAAAACAGAUAAAUGCUAAAUCAGAACCAUUGUUAUUACAAUUUCCAUCAUGUGAAAAUAAUAAUCAUCAAUUCAUAAAAAGAGAAUCUGAACAAACGAUAAUUCAAGAUCGCAAUGAAAAAAAUAGUAAAUGUGGCAAAGAUUUAUUGGAAACCGAAUUAAAUCGUCAAAAGGCAAAAUUAAUUUCUAUUGAAGAAAAAAAGAAACAAUUACAACAACAGCCAUCAUCAACGUUAAAUAAGAAAAAAAUUUUAACUAAAAAAUCGUCAAUUAUUCCUGGAAUUGAUGAAGUGGGUGGAAAACGUAUAAAUAUUAGUAAUGAACGUACAACUAGACUAUCGACAUCAAUACCGUUAGUAAAAUCCAUUAAUAGUGACAAUAAAUUAAUGACUCGUCAAAAACAUCAACAGCAAAACUCACUGGCUUCCGAUACGACAACAACUUCGUCAACAGUCAAGUCACUCAAAUCAACAACGACGUCUCAGUCGACAAUGUCAGCAAAAAAUGUUCAAUCAUCUUCAACAUCCAAUAUUAGAAAACGUCCAUUAUCCUCUACUCAAUCAAUAUCUACAUUGACUACUGAUCGUAAAAAAGCUUUAUUACAAGCUCGUAUAUCUGUUAAACAGUCACCACAACAAGGUUUAUUACUUUGUCCAAGAUCACAACAAGAUACAAAUGAAAAUGAAUUGCCCAAAGAGAAAGAAGUUAUUAAACAACAAAAAUCAAAUAUAAAUUUAAAAGUAGAAACAAAGAGAAAAAUAAAAAAACUAAUUGAUAAUGAACAGUUUGAUAAUGAAAAACAAACUGAAAUAGACAAUGAUACAUUAAGAUCAUCAGAUACACUGUUAAUAAAUUCAUCCGUUACAUCGACUAAUAUUGAUUCACUCGAUGAAAUUCCUCCAUUAUCGUCUACCAUUCUGAUUGAAGAGAACAAUAUCAGUGAAUCUUGUACCACUGAUUUAAUUUUAGAUCCAAUUUUAUAUCAAGAAAUGAAAGCAACACAAAAACAAUGGCAACAAUAUAUGAUGCAAACUAUGGAACAUGAACUUCAUUUAUUCAAUUCAACAAAAACAUCAUCAUCAUCAUCUCUAUCUUCUACUAAACAUCGACGAAAAAUCAUUGCUACAACAAAUGAUUCAUUAUAUCAACAAUCACGAACAAAAGAAUUUUAUGAUCAAUAUGAACAAUUAUAUUCAUUUUCAGGUUUUGAACAUUGGCAUCCUAAUUUUCAAUAUCAACAAACAAUUGCAGACAUUUCACAAUUUGAUUAG